CCUUCAAAUAAAACAACUGCACGAACCACCCAAAAACAGAAUAAUUUCUAAAAACAAAACGUUAAUAAACAAGAACACUACUUUUUCCAGUUUUCUUGUGCAAUGGCGAUUGAGCUCAAACUUUCCCGUGGCAGUCGGGUCUAUCGACCUUCUGAAGCUCUUGAAGGAAAAAUCAUCGUCAAGUCUCCUUCUUCAAUUUCCCAUUAUGGUAUCCGCCUCACCGUCAAUGGAUCCGUCAAUCUUCAGGUUCGUGGAGGAUCAGCAGGUGUUAUAGAAUCUUUCUAUGGCGUUAUUAAGCCUAUACCCAUUGUCAGGAAUAAGAACAUUGAGAUUAGACCUUCUGGAAAGAUUAGCUCAGGAACCACAGAGAUACCAUUUUCUCUGUACAUCAAGAAGCCAGGUGAACAGAACUUAGAAAAAUUUUAUGAGACCUUCCAUGGGGCCGAUAUUAGCAUUCAGUAUUUAUUAACUGUAGAUUUGAUGAGAGGGUACCUUCAUAAAUCAUUAUCUACAACAACAGAGUUCAUAGUUGAAAGCGACAAAGAUGAUCUUCUAGCAGGACCAAUUGCUCCUGAGAUGGUGAUCUUUUAUGUUACUCAAGACACUCAAAGACAUCCACUGCUUCCUGAAUUAAAAUCUGGUGGAUUUCGGGUUACUGGAAGAAUGUCUACUCAAUGUUCUUUGACAGAUGCCAUUACUGGUGAACUAACAGUGGAAGCAUCUGCAGUUCCCAUUAAUUCCAUUGAUAUACACUUGCUUCGUGUAGAGUCAAUUCUUCUUGGUGAAAAAAUUAUUACUGAAACAUCACUUGUUCAAACUACCCAGAUAGCAGAUGGAGAUGUAUGCCGGAAUCUGACUCUGCCCAUUUAUGUUUUACCUCCCCGCCUUUUAACAUGUCCAACAGUCUUGGCAGGUCCAUUCUCAGUUGAAUUCAAAGCUUCAAUAGUCAUAACCUUUCAGUCAGAGCUGGCCAAAUUACACUCAAAGUCUGAUCCCAGAACUCCGAGAUUGUGGCUGGCAAUGGAGACUUUACCCCUUGAACUUGUACGAACAAAGUAAGAUAUGUUGAAGAAAAAGGAUAUGAUUGGAUAUCCAAUGUAAGUCUAGAUUUUUCAAACAAAGUGAGGUAGUAAUGAGUAGCAUCAAUUGUGCAAUGUUUUCUGAGCUUAUUGUACAUAAAUUCUUAAUACAGAUAAGGACUUACUUGUUACUCAAAAAUAGAACAUAAGGAUUUAAAGGCUUCAAAGAAAAGUUCAGAAUGAGGACUAA